CAGAUCGAGGCUUGGUUAUUCACCAUCCAGAUCGAGGCUUGGUUACUACAGAGGAACAGACAGCGGAGUAGGUUGAGAGUGAAGCUGGAAAGGUGAUCCUUUACAGUGACGUGCGGAGGAGAUUGAAUCCAGGAGAGAAACUCCAGCAAUGUCAAAUGAACUGGACGUGUUUGUGGGAAAUACCACCCUGAUAGAUGAAGAGGUUUACCAUCUCUGGCUGGAUGGAUACUCAGUGGGUGAUGCUGUCAAUAUUCGACUGAAGAGUGGAAUUCUCGAUCAGACUGGAGCAGGACCUGAUGUCCUCGAGAGUGACACCAUGGACCAUUAUCGUACAUUUCAAAUGAUUGAAAGGCUCCUUCACUAUCCCCUAAAGCUGGUGCAGCAGUUGCUCUUUCAGAUUCCACCCUACAAGCAGAGCAUGUUGAUUGAGAGGUAUUAUGCGUUUGAUGAAGCCUUUGUCCGGGAAGUUCUUGGUAAAAAGCUUUCAAAAGGAACUAAAAAAGAUCUGGACGACAUAAGUGCAAAGACUGGAGUGACCCUGAAAAGCUGCAGGAGACAAUUCGACAAUUUUAAGCGAGUGUUCAAGGUGGUUGAAGAAAUGAGGGGCAAUUUAGUCGACAACAUUCAGCAGAAUUUUCUGUUAUCAGACAAGCUAGCCAGGGAUUAUGCUGCAAUCGUUUUCUUUGCAAACAGUCGUUUUGAAACUGGGAAACGAAAACUUCAGUACCUGACGUUUGAAGACUUUGCUACCUGUGCUGAACAUAUCAUCCAAAACUGGACUCUGGGAGCAGUGGAUGUAACAGAAGACAUGGAUAUGGAUUUGGAUAAGGAAUUUCUACAGGAUCUAAAGGACCUGAAAAUCCUGAUAACAGACAAAGACCUUCUGGAUCAGCAUAAGAGCUUGGUAUGUACAUCUUUAAGAGGAAAAAUUGGCGUGUUUCAUGAAAUGGAAGCAAAUUUUAAGACACUUUCUCGCGCUUUGGUGAAUAUUGGAACCAGCCUCACUCAUAAUAAGGAUGUUAGAGACUUCUUCAUUGAUCUUGUGGAAAAGUUUAUAGAGCCCUGUAAAGCUGCUAACUGGGCUUUUUCGGAUGUUCAACUGUUUCUCACUCAGUACACAGCAUCUGCUCGUGCUCUUGACGCCUUCAAGCAGCAAGCUCUCUGGGAGAGAUAUAUGGGUACUUUACGAUGCUGUCUUCUGAAAAUGUACCACAACUAACAUACACUGGAACAUAUUUAUUCAUGGCUGUAAACUCAAGUAGACUUCCAUUGAUCACAUGACAGAUGACCUGUACUGAGAGAGAAGCUGCCAGUGCUAUCCUGCUAAUGAAAAUGCUAUAUGCUUGGCUGUCUCUGAUUUUAACAUGAAGCAUGCCAAGUCAAGAAUUUCAGCGAGGAGCUUAGAUUGAAUCAGCAUGACACAAACAAGUUUAGCAAUGGCAGCCCACAUAUUUUUUUAUUGAUUUACAUCUCAGAAAAGAAUAUGGCACUCUUUAAUAUCUGUGUCUUAUGUACCUGUUAAUGUGUAUGUAUGUGUAUAUAUGUAAAUAUAAAACAUAUAUUGA